UUAGAAAGAAAGCUGGAAGCUUUUUCGAGUAGGGAAUCGACUGAGCGAGAGCAAAACAAUGGCGGAGAUCAAGGCGGUUGGAGUGGUGGGUUGCGGCCAAAUGGGCACAGGCAUUGCUCAACUCGCCGCCGUCCAUGGCCUCAACGUAUGGCUACACGGUAGGAAUCCCGAAGCUCUGUCCAGGGCCAAAACCUUCAUCGCCGGCAACGUUAGCCGCAUGAUCUCCAAAGGCCGUAUCUCUCAGGUAAAAAACUAACCUGCUUGGAAAUCACUCUGCAUUUAUAGAGAUCAUCUACAGGAAGUUAGACAGCAGUAAAUGCACCCCACAAAAUCUAUCAGUUGACUUGCAAUUUGAAAAUGAAAAGCUCUCGUUUUUCAUAUGAACUUUGAAAUGCUGUAAAUUGGAGAGACCUUAGAGAAUGGUAGGGCUUGAAUGUGAGAGACCAGUAAAACCAUGGAGACUGGAUUUCUCUGUGUAAACAAUCUUAUGCACUUGACUGUCAUUUCCCACAGUAUCCAUAGGUGAUAUCAUCCGGAGAUCGAUCGUGUCGUAUCAUUUGUAUCAAGGGUGAAGUGUAUUAUCCAUGGCAAGGUGAUUGGAAUGCAUUUUGCGUAUCCUCCUCCUGUAAUGAAGAUGGUUGAGAUAGUACGGGGAGCAGACACAUCGGAUGGGACGCUUCUUGCAACCAAGGCCUUGGCAGAAAGAUUCAUGAAGACGGUGAUCUGCUCCCAGGACUUUGCAGGCUUCAUAGUGAACAGAAUCCUGAUGCCAAUGAUCAACGAAGCUAGGAACGACAAAGGAGGACAUCGACACAGGGAUGAAGCUAGGAACGAACCAUCCAAUGGGUCCACUGGAGCUCGCUGACUUCAUCGGACUAGAUGUCUGCCUGUCAGUCAUGAAGAUUCUUCACGCUGGGUUAAGUGACACCAAAUACCUCCCUUGCCCCCUUCUCUUGCAGUACGUCGAUGCAGGAAGGCUCGGUCGAAAGCAUGGGAUCGGAGUGUACGACUAUCGUGACACAUCUAAACAAGCACAACCAUCUGCUCGGCUGUGAACUGAAGUCUGACAUAGUGGAGGAAAGAGAGGCAUUUUGUAAAUAAGAUCCGAUGAUGGAGCUGCUUCAUCAACGUGUGAACUGUUAAAGACUUGGUAGUACUUAGUCAUAAAGUGGGCCACUAAUAGGAUAGCAUGGGUAAGUAAAAUGUGACCUUUCAU